UCUCCGCCCGCCCACCCACUCCUUUAUCCUGACUCCUGUCUUCCCCAGGCGUCUCUCUUCUAGCUUUUCCCUUUGUCUUUACCACCUCCACCGACUCCCGCAAUGUCCCUUUCCUCCCAAAACGCCCCUUCCUCCUCCGCUUCUUCAGGCUCCUAGGCUCAAGCCUCAUCCUCUCCUCAACAGUUCUUCUUCCUCAUGCUCCUUCCCUACUCCUUCUUUCCUCUCAUCCUGCCUCUCUCAGCUCCUCCCCAUCUCCUAGUACGUCUUCCUCUCCCCGCAACACACACUUCCUCGGGAUCCUCUUCUCUCUCCAAGCCUCUAAUUCUGGAUUUUGCUCUUCUUGACGUCUCCUUCCACCGGCUCUUCCCAUCUCCCAGCUCCUCCCCUCUUCCCUCCCUUUAGAUUCCCAACACCUUUCCUGUUCCUCCUUCUCCAGUUCCUCCUCCCCCUUCUCUUCCCCACCCGUCUCGGGCAACUCCGCCACUCCCUCUGGGUAGUCCCCCGCCUCGCGGAGUGAUCGAUGGGUCCGUAGGCAGCCGGUCCUCGGCGCUCGACUCACCACGCCUGCGACGCUGCCAUGGAGACGUAGCCGCGGCCUCCUGGACCCGCCCCGGACCUGGAGCACCUGCGUCACCCGGCCCACGCGUGUCCACGAACGCUGGUCGGGAAGGCUACUCUGCUGGAACGUCUGGACAGGGCUGGGCAAGCUAUACUUUUGCCAGAAGCAGGGGCGAGGGGCGUGGGACUUGCAUCCUCCCUCCUCCCAGGAGUUCUGCUCCGUAUUUGAGGGACGCUUCUCUCACCAGCAGAGACCCCGGUAUCACUAAGCAUCCGUGGGUUAUUAAGGGACCUGCGAUUGCCCACACGCCUCACCCUUCCACCCAACUCAGCCGGCCGCAUCCGUGAGUAGCUUUACUGAACUCUACCCCAUCCAGGCUGCUGCCGAUGGGGAAGCCCGUGUUGGGCCUGCUCCCGAUGCCCGACAGCUUCUUCCCUUUGCAAUGUCACCCAUGUUAAGAGUGGAAGAGUAGCUAGAAGAAAAGGACUUGAACCAGCACUAAGUCCAGAUCCCAACUGCGUUGUGAGUAGUGUGGAAUGGUCAGCGCCUUCUGUAGACUGUACAAUGCCCGUUCUCUCGGGAUCCUGGAUAUGUCUCCCUGAGUUCAGAAGUGUUGCCGAGGCAGUGGACACCUGACAGGCUUCCCAGAGUGGUGUGGAGUCUCUGCCAAGUCUAUAGAGCUCUAUUGUGCAGAGUUUGGACCACAAUGCCAAUCUGACCCACUUUCUGUCUGGAAUGACUCUCACAUGGCUUUUGAACCAGUCAGCGGUGUCUUGGCUUCCCCUGCCCUCCUGAGAUCUUGCCCAUGGAAGGUCUGAGUUGCCUACAUCCAUGACUAAGGGGAACAAGGACUCCUUAACCCAACAGCCAUCAAGGCUCUUGGGCAACUAGUUAACAGAGCAAAGCAGCCAUCUGUUCCUGAGCCUGGGACUGGGGGAUGAGUGGCCGGGUCCCGCUGGCAGAGAAGGCCCUGUCAGAACGCUUUGCCCGCCUCCGGUACAGGGACACUUCCUUGCUCAUUUGGCAACAGCAGCAGCAGAAGUUGGAGUCUGUACCACCCAGUACAUACCUGAGCAGGAGUCGUAGCAUGUGGUACUCCCAGUAUGGAAAUGAAGCCAUCUUAGUUCGAGACAAAAACCAGCUUGGGGUCUCUAGGGACACCGGCCAGUCUAAGUUUUGCUCAGUCAUGUAAUCCCAGGGAGAUGACCCUUGACGGAUGUGAAGAUCAAGCUGUGGUAUAAAAACUCAACACCCAAGAAUAUCACCCAGCUUUUUAUCAAUCAACAGCUGGUACCUAGACGUGCCCCUCACUGCCCAGGCCUUGGCGCUCACAAUGCUUGUUCCAAACAAAAGGGAAACCAGGAAGACGUCCCCAGCUCCUAUGUGCUGCUUGCCUGAUACAAAAUGGGUCAGGUCCAGGGUAAAGAGGGGACUCUCUUCUUGGAGGGUCCCAGAUCACCCUGUUCACUGCAGUGACAUGUGGAAAGGGGCCCAGGCUGUAGUGGCACUCCAAAGCCAAGAGUUUAGUGAUGUAUAGGUUACUGCAUUGCAGCACCAACCUGGUCUUGUAUGUAGGUGUGUUAUGUCCUAAACACCUAAAGCAAACCCCUGCAAUUUAAAGCCCCAUAGAAGUUGCCUGAUUUGAUUCCAAACCUAAUCAUGUGUGGGAGAGCAUUUACCUGAUGGUGGAGAAUAGGGGCUCCUUCCUGUCAGGUCGCGGUGGGCUUCAUUAGAUCUCAUGUUCCACCUCAGUACACAUGGUAUAGACAGCUGGAACGUACUUGCCUCUGGUGCACUUAAGGUCUGUGUAGCUAUACAAAUUCAGGGAAUGUGUUUUGUCAAAGCCGAGUCUUCUAAAUAAAUGUCUUAAGACUCUUUCCUUUCUCAUUUACCUUGGUGUGUAAAACCUGAGCUUUCUGAACACAGUUAACAGCUAAUGAUUGAUAAGGGAGCCCCAAUAUGGAAAUACAUCAAACAGCCACUGUCAGAAGGCAUGCAUGUCCUCGCACUCUGCAGUAACAAACUGCCAGUGGCAGUACCCCCACUUGCAACUUGUUCUGCCCACUCACCAGGCACUCACUGGCAGAGACGGCACCUGGCUUAUAAUCUAAGUAAAGAGAAUGUCUCACCCUUGGCUGUGUUCACUAUACCCUACAUCUCUUUAGAGAUGUGCAAAUUUGUUCUAGAACCACCAGGACACAGUGCAUUCCUCAAACACUUCAGCCAGCCAGACCUAGCUAGCUGGAGCCUCCUGAGGAACCUAAGUCCUUUGGCUUAGUCCCCGCUGCAGACCAAGGCCAUGGGUUGGACUUCUGUAGACUAUCCUUGUACAUUUAGAGAGGAAGCUCGUUGAACAGUUCAGGUUGCUUGGCCUGACAGGGAGUCCUAGGAGUUGGAAACUGUUCCCUUAGCUUGUCAAGCCUUUUUUAAUUCAGCUGAAGUCCUACAGGAAAGCUUCAGCCUUUCUGCCAAAUGCUUCCACCUCACGCUAUCCCAAGACUGCAUCAGACACAGCACUGACUUGGAGAUGGGAUUUGAGGUCACAGACUGUUAGGAGGGUAAGCACUUGCAGGACAGCGGUCUUCAGGGGGUCGGCAGGAAUGAGUGGCACAUAAGCAUCAGGCUCCAUGUAGGACACUGGGAAGUCACUAAGCUGCUUAGACUACAGGAGGAUGCCAUCUGUCUCGGGAGGCCAGGUCAGUGCUCUAAGAGUCUAGUCUGAUGGGAAGGGUUAGUGUCAGCAAGGAUGAUGAGGUAGCCUGACUCACUGUGGAUGGAAUGAAUGGACAUGCCAUAGGACCCGACAAGAACCUCCUGCCCAGGCUUGAUGCCAAUGGCUUGGCCACUUGGAAAACUUUAGGAUUCUUAGACCCUAAAGCCCAACUCCCCAUUCCUUCUUCACUGUGUCUAAGGCACUCCACAGCCUAUUCUUAGUGCGUAGUACAGGGUUCUUCAUGAUUCUCACCUACAUUUCUACUGGGCUCACACUUGGAGGCCUAUGCCACAAAUAACCUGACAGUAGACUGCAGCAAGGAGGGGAGGGAAUGGUGAGACCGUCUGAAGAAAGCCUUGAUCCUCGGAAAGGCAGUCAGUCCAAGUGAGGACUUCCUGUCCCCCAGCACCAUGACGGAUGGCAGCUUCCAAGUUCUUUGCUACUGUCCUGCAAGAGUCUCCAUUGUUAUUGUAGUAGGCUGGUCUUAAAGAAUUCACAGCAGCCCGGCAGUGGUGGCACACAUCUUUAAUCCUAGCACUUGGGAGGCAAAGGCAGGUCGAUUUCAGUGACACUGAAGCCAGCCUUGUCUACAGAGCAGUUCCUGGACAGCCAGAGCUGUUAGACAAAGACACCCGUCUCCAAAAAAAAAAAAAAAUCAGUUCUGCAGCUUCAACUUCCCAAUAGAUUACAGGUAUGUGCCACCACCACACUUAGCUUGAAGUAUUUUAAAGCCCUUUUGGGAUGUUCUGUGUGUUUCUACCAAAAGCUGUAAGAAGUCAAGUGUGAGGAGCUCGCCUUGUGCCCUUAGAAAGAAGCACUGCAGUUGGGCAGUGGUGGCACAUGCCUUUCAUCCCAGCAUUCAGAAGGCAGAGGCAGGUGGAUCUCUCUGAGUUCGAUGAGAGCCUGGUUCUACAGAGCGAGUUCCCGGACAGGCUCCAACGCUGUCUUGAAAAAACAAAAACAAACAAACAAUAACAACAAAAAAAGAGGCAUGGCAGCAAAGAGAACUACACAGACAUAGCCUUUUUCCCCCUUCUUUUUAUUAUGAAAACAAAACAAACACCCCAGGAGAAAGGUUCAUGAUUACCAGAGACACCAGAGUACUUCCUACCGUUUUUAACUCUGUGGUGUUGAGGCCGGCAUUGCAAAAAACAAGCUAAAACUACUUACAAUGGACUCAUUUUCAGUAACUGACAUUUACAGGAAUAUACUAGAAACGGCACUAAAAAGUUUAAGAAAAGUUACGGUAAACUUGCAUGCACAUCAUACAGAAAAGAAACAUUUUAAAUAUAUAUAUAAAAAAAGAAAAGCUUCUGGAAGUGUUAUGCCAGCAGCAGGGACAAUGAUAAACAGGAUGACGAAGCUUUAACAGUGGGUUUGUUUCCCAAAUGACUGUAAAAGGUGUGACAGCUGCAAAAGGAAAAACCAAGAAAACCACAGAAAAAAAAUGUCUCCAGUCUGUAAGCAAGCUAAGUUACACAGCCUGAGGAGAUCUGAUCCCUCAGCCUCCAAGACUCUGCCAAGUGCCUACCCCACCCCUGCAUGUAACCCUCAAGGAAGUCAUGAACAGCUGCCCUCCACCUCUGUACAGGACAAUCUAAGUCCAUGUAGCCUUUGUAACUCACAAGAAGGGAAUGGCAGUUACCCUGCAGCCUGGCAUUGUGGGAACCAAUGUGGAGACAAAACAGUUUAAGUCUAGACAGAAAGCUUAAAAAAAAAAAAAAAAAAAAAAGUUAAAA